AUGUCUGGGGUGGAUCUGUCAAACUUUGAUACAGAAAAAAAAUGUUCAGGUCGAGUUACGUGGCCAUUCUUCAUCAUCACAGUUGGUGUUCUAACAGCAGCACUAAUGUGUGCUCUACUGUUUGCUAUCAGGGCUCAGAGGACUGGCUGCCAUAACCCAUCAAAGAGUCCGUGCCCUGGUGACACCAGCACAGCUGUGAUGAGUCGAGGCUUGAGUAGUGAAACGGAAAAUAAGGUAUCUCUCACAACAGAGGAGGAUAUCUAUGUCAACACCAAUAUGAUGAGAAUGUCAAAUAUGCCAUUUACUCAUCGAGGACAUCAACAGGUUGCCAGUACAAGCUCAGAGAAGAAGAAUAAAGAAGGCAGUGAUGUGAUUUACUCCAGUGUGAUUUGGAAGAGCAAGAAGAAGAAGAAGAAGGGAGAAGGCUCUGGGGGCAGGAACCCAUCUGGUAGCUCCUACCUGGAGGAAGAGAGGUGCAAAGAGGGAGGCACGUGCAGAAAUUAUGUGAGCGAUGCACUGGAGAUGGGGAGUCAGUAUGACAGGGUUGGGACUGGAAAAGAUGCAAAGAAGGUGGUGUAUAGUGAAUAUGCCCAGGUUCAUUUUAGAGAUGCCUAAUAUGUUUAAUUUCUAAGAUACUUGUUGUGGUGGUGGUGGCGUUGUUGGUAAUGAUUAUGCAUUGGAUUACAUUAUAUCAUCGUGUUUUGUCCCUCACAUGUAAAUACAUGAAGAGGUCAAAUAUGUAAACACUGCAAACUAAUUAGCACCUCUCUGACUAUCCCAGAAAAACAACAAAUAUAAGGACUACAAUCAAUUUGAAUAAUAUAGUAAAUCAUCAGUGUCAAUGUUUUCCCCCUAUAUAUAACAAUGACACUUAAUGACAGUCCUAUUCUUCCUUUCAGUUUGUAUUAACAUGUUCUCAUUAGACAUUAUCACAAGGCCUUGUAACACGACAGGACUGAAUUUCUGAAUUGAUGUGAUGAAUGUGCUAUUUUAACAGCUGUUUUUACUGCAGCAUAAAUGCAUAAUUUGUUACAUGUAGAAAAAAAGGAAAAUCCAAGGCACUCUUCAUCAAAAUUAUUUAGAAAGCCUUUAUUUUACUGGCUAUAUCAUAA